AUGUGGAUCCAGGUGCGGACCAUCGACGGUGCCCAGACCCGGACUAUCGACGACCUCAGCCGGCUGACCAAGAUCGAAAGCCUGCGCGAAAAGAUCCAGGAAAGCUUCCGUGUAAGCCCUGACCGGCAGCGCCUUUUCUACCGGGGCAAACAGCUUGAAGAUGGCCAUACCUUAUUUGAUUAUAAUGUUGGACUGAAUGAUAUAGUUCAGCUUUUGAUACGCUCAGAGUCUGAUGUUCCUUCUACAAUUUUGAAUAAAAAAGAUGGAAAGCCUGGUCCCUGUGCGGUUACCAACUGUAAGAAUAAAAUCAAACAAGGAGUGAACAGUGGAUCAUCAAGUUUGCCAUCUACAUCAGCUCGCUCGUUUCUUAUAGAUCCUGGCAUUGGUGAAUACAAGAUAAAUGAAUUGGUGGAUGCCCGAGAUGUCACUAUUGGAUCCUGGUUCGAAGCUCAUAUAGAAAAUGUAACUCGAGCAACAAAAGGACAUAAAAAUGGAAAAGCUCAAGGAAAGAGUGGCAGUAAUUACAAAAGGACUAAUGGAAACUUGAGCCAAGACCAUUCUAGAGAAAAUACAAAUAAUUUGGACAAUACACCUUCCACAUCUUAUACAGAUUAUAUGGAUACUGAAGAUAUUAUUUAUCAUAUCAAGUAUGAUGAAUACCCAGAAAGUGGCAUUGUGGAAAUGAAUGUCCGUAAUCUGCGGCCUCGAGCAAGAACUAUUUUGAAAUGGAAUGAAUUACAUGUGGGUGAUAAAGUGAUGGUUAAUUACAACGUAGAAAGUCCAGAAGAAAGAGGAUUCUGGUUUGAUGCAGAAAUUACCUCUUUGAGAGAAAUUUCAAGGACUAACAAAGAGGCUUAUGCCAAAAUUAUGCUGGGAGGCUCAGAAGAUGUAAUAAAUGAUUGCAAACUCCGUUUUAUAGAGGAAAUAUACAAGAUUGAAAAACCAGGAGCGUAUCCAUUGACAUUUGCAGAUGGAGAGUUCAAAAGGAAGAGUGGUCCUGAAUGUAAACAUUGCAGAGCUGACCCAGAUAAAGAAUGUCGAUUUUGUUCUUGUUAUCUCUGUGGGGGAAAACAGGAUGCACACAUGCAACUUCUCUGUGAUGAAUGUAAUAUGGCUUACCACAUAUAUUGCCUGAACCCACCAUUAAGCAAAAUACCAGAAGAUGAGGACUGGUACUGUCCUUCCUGUAAAAAUGAUUCUAACGAGGUUGUAAAAGCUGGGGAAAAGCUGAAACAAAGUAAAAAGAAAGCAAAAAUGCCAUCUGCCUGCACUGACAGCCAGCGAGAUUGGGGCAAGGGCAUGGCCUGUGUUGGCCGAACUAAGGAAUGCACUAUUGUUCCUUCUAAUCAUUAUGGACCUAUACCUGGUGUUCCAGUUGGAGCAACAUGGAAAUUUAGAGUGCAGGUGAGUGAAGCAGGUGUUCAUAGACCUCACGUUGGUGGAAUCCAUGGACGUAGUAAUGAUGGCGCUUACUCCCUUGUGUUGGCUGGAGGAUUUGAAGAUGAAGUUGACCGAGGUGAUGAAUUUACUUACACUGGGAGUGGUGGAAGAGAUCUUUCUGGCAAUAAAAGAAUUGGGGAACAUUCAUUUGAUCAAACUCUAACCCACAUGAACAGGGCCCUGGCUCUAAAUUGUGAUGCUCCAUUGGAUGACAAAAAUGGAGCUGAGUCUAAAAAUUGGAGAGCUGGAAAACCAGUUAGAGUUGUUCGCAGUUCAAAAGGUCGAAGGAUCAGCAAAUAUGCUCCAGAGGAAGGCAAUAGAUAUGAUGGCAUAUACAAGGUGGUGAAAUAUUGGCCAGAAAUUGGAAAAUGUGGAUUUUUAGUUUGGCGCUAUCUUCUGAGAAGAGAUGAUGCUGAACCUGCACCUUGGACUACAGAGGGGAUUGAACGGUCAAAGAAAUUGGGCUUGAGUUUACAGUACCCAGAAGGCUAUUGGGAAGCAAUGGCAAAUAAGGAAAAGAAAGAUAAAGUAAAAAAGCAGCCUGUGAAACAGGAACCAAUGGAACAGAGCAAUGGAAAUCAGAAAAGACCAAUUAAUGACGACAAUAUAAAGCAACCUACAAAUACAGCCAAAACAAUGAAGAUGAGUGAUGGAGGGAAGGGAGAAGCUUUUCAGCUAACACAGCAACAACAAUGGUUGAUACAGGAAGACUCUCCAAACCAGAAACUUUGGGAUGAAGUUCUUAAAUUUCUUAAAGAAGGACCAAAUUUUUUGAAGAAACUGGAACAAUCCUUUAUGUGUGUUUGCUGCCAGGAGCUCGUUUAUCAGCCGGUGACCACAGAGUGCCUGCACAAUGUCUGUAAAAGCUGUUUACAGCGCUCUUUCAGAGCUGAAGUCUUCACCUGUCCUGCUUGCCGACAUGACCUUGGAAAGGGCUACAUCAUGGUUCCCAACAAGAUACUGCAGACACUACUUGACCAGUUCUUCCCUGGUUAUAGCAAAGGUCGAUGAUAUGUAUUUGUAACCUUCUUCUCCAAAUGACUGAAUAAACUAAAAGAACAAAACAUCUAGGAAAACAGUGGACCAGCCAGCUUGAGGGAAUUCAUAUUUACUAUCACAUUGUGAAGUCGCUAAUUCAACCCUCUUUCCCAUUUAGCAAUCUGUUGUGUAGUAAGAACUUCAAAUUCCCAGCUUCCUUUCCACAAAGGUAGUUUUGAACAGAUGAGCAUUAGUUUGUAUGCAGGAAUAAACGCUUUCUUGGCUCUGGCCACGGUAGUAGCAGGUCUUCAGUUGUUUUUGUAACUACCUCAGUUGGAGAAAACAAAUUGGGGGAAGUUUAACAACACAUCCAGUGAAGUUUAGCUACACACUGCCUCCUGAACAUUAGUUUUGCCUGGUCCAUGCAAUUUGAUUUUGCAACAAGAAAACAGCACGUAAGAAGCCAGUUUUAUUGAGAACAUCAAAUGCUGUGGUGUGCAUAAUUCUUUAUUGUGUUUUCUCUCCUGCUGUCUUUCUUACUCCUUUUGCAACAACAAGCUUUUAGUCUAUUUUUGUGAGCGUUAUUGUGCUCUCGUAUCUUCUGCAAGUUGACUACUAAGGACUGAGAAUAUGAAUGCAUUGUUGCUGUUGAUGUAAAGUGAUUUGUGUUUUUUGCACUUAAAGAGGGUGUUCAAGACACUCUAAUUGUGUAAAAACUAUUUCAUAUAAAACAAGCCACUUUUGUAUUAGGUAAAAUUGUUUGCUUUUAGUAGGUCUUGUAUUAGUGGCAAUACAUCUUAUACAGCAUUGAAAGCAGUGCAAGCUUGGAGAGAGCUCAAAUUGCUUCAUAUUGUGAUCUGAAAUUUUAUAUACAGUAUAUUCCCCACCCCUGAAUAUACUUAUUAAAUAUUUUA